CACACGCAAUGCCAUGGUCUACAUUCAAUCAUGGCAGGAGUUCCAAGAUGCAGCCGAGGCUCUGUACCAAAAAUCGCCCAACAAGGUCCGUUACUGUGUAAAAUGGAGGUCUUGUGAAGGCAAACUCGUUCUCAAGAUUACAGAUGAUAUUACCUGCCUCAAAUUCAAAACAUAUUCAUCGUUAUAUCUCAACCGAUUUGAGGCUUUAAACCUCUCAUUAAUGGAAAAAAUGCAGAACAGGCGUGUGGUCGAACUUGCUGUGCAGGAGACAACCUCUCGAGAUGUUCCUUCCACUGGUGGUGUACCUUCUGCUACGCCCAUAUCAUCAGCAGUAACUGCAGGAGGCGUGAAGAAGAAAAAGAAGAAGAAACCGAUGACAGCGGCGACGUAGAUCUGGAGGAUGGGAAGGGUGAUGAUGAUGAUACGUUGGGUUGACUGUUGUACAGAUCCACGGGGGGGGGCGAAAAAGGCGUAGUGUGGAAAAGAACCCGGGGAAAAAGGGAACAGGGAAACAUGAAACAUCUUUUAGAACAUCUGUUUGCACAAGCGCAGUGUUUGAGGGCUUUUGUUUCGGCGUCGACCAAUGAAAUAUAGCUCAUGUCUACGUCGUCCAGUGGGCAUUUGCGCACUUUCUUCUUCUACUUAUGAACUAUGCACAAAUAUCACGAUGUCGGAUAAUAAAAAAACAUGGAUAUGCCCAGCCUCCAGGAC